AUGCUCCACAAGGUUUUUCCGCUUGUAAAGCCAGCACCUUUAUCGGAAAUUGUGCAGUCUCGAGAUGCCUUUAUCUACAUGGAUCGCGGAAUGCGAGCAGCCGGCUGGAUGUAUCCCAAAAAUGAGCACUGGCACAGAAUUUACAGACUGUGGACCCUGACGACGCUAAUCUGCGGGCUGUGCUUUGUGCCCAUGGCGUUCUUUGGGAGUUACUUUAUGGACUUGAACAGCUUUACACCGGCCCAGUUCAUUAAUUCGGUGCAAGUGGGUCUGAAUUCUUGUGGUAGUGUCUUUAAGGUCACUUUUAUACUUCUGGGCAUUUGGCGAUUCGAGCAGGCAAAUAUUCUCUUGGACCGCCUGGAUAAGCGUUGCAUAUCCGAUGAUCAACGUGCCAAAGUUCACCAAACGGUGGCCAACUGCAAUAUGGUCUAUAUGUACUUUCAGAUUUUGUACGUCUUGUAUAUCAUUUCGACAUUUCUGGGUGCCGUAUUGCAAGGUGAGAUGGCCUGGAAAUUUUAUAAUCCCCUCGUCAAUUGGCGCGAGAGCUCAGCAAAAUUUUGGACUUCUGCUUUUAUUGAGCUCUUCAUGAUGUCGUGCUGUGUGUUCAUGCAACAGCUGGCUGACUCCUAUCCCAUCGUCUAUAUGUUAAUUAUCCGUGGACAUAUCAUAACUCUCAAAAUGCGAAUUACUCAGCUGCGCUCAGACCUUGAGCUAAGCGAACCUCAAAACUAUGCGGAGCUGAUGAAAUGCAUCGACGACCAUCGCUUGAUUAUUAUGUAA